UCUUUUAUGGUUAAUCAAAUGACUUAAUUGACAUAUGGUAAAAAAUAAAUGCCGGUAAUUUUAAAAAAUAGACUUUCAAAACCAAAUUUGUAAAAAAUAUAUAUCAACAUUCGCUAUGAAAAGGAAACAUAAAGAAAGCAAUAGAGAAUAUCCAAAAGUAUCUCCAUCAAAUGAGCUCUCGAAUUUAGUAGGUGUAGAAGAAAAAAAAAUGAGAAAACAUGCAACAGUAAAUACAGCAAAAAAAACAUCAAAUGAAUCAAAUUUCCACCUUCAGGCCCAUAAACUUCUGAAAUCUACAGAAAUUAAAAGAAAAUAUAAAACAAGACUAACUUCUUGGAUUGACAACUUUCAAAUAUUCCUCAAUACUCUUCCCAUACAUGAAGGCAUCUAUAUAUCAAGCCUAUCUAGAGAAGCUUCCAAUCGACCUAGUAGAGAUUUGAGAUUUGUUAAAAAUAUCGCAAAUCAUGCAAGAAAUAAUCUACGUUGUGAUCAGGAUAUAUCUAUUACUUUCAUUAGACCUGAAUGUGUGGGUACUUUUGGUUUAUAUAAAAUUGAUGCCUUACCAGGUCCAGAUAUUGAAAUGAAUAUUCACAUGACAAUUCCUAAAAGAUGUUUCAAAGAUAAAGAUUUCCUGAAUAAUAGGUACUUUGUGAAAAAAUUUUUCUAUUUAAUGUAUCUAGCAGAGCAUUUGAAUUCUCAAAAUAUUUGCUCCAGUAUAAAGUGUGCCUAUUAUAAUGGAAAUGUUUUAUUGCCAUAUCUGAUCGUAUGCCCAAGUAGUACUGAAAGAAUAAGUAUUAGGUUAUUUCUUAUUCCUGAACAGAAUUAUUUCAAAGUUACAAAAUUUUCUCCAGAAAUUAAUAAUAUCAACACACAAGUUUUUGAGCAAGAUAUAGGCAUUAUAGAGAAUAUAGAAAAAUUACCUACAACAUAUUAUAAUUCUGCUUUAGCUUUUGAUGCAUCAUUAGCUGAAAACCACGUGUUCAUAGAGCAGAUCUUCAGCUGCUCACUCAGCAUUCGAGAAGGUUUGAAAUUAAUUGUCAUAUGGAUGAAUCAAAGAAAUCUUGAUACAGGAAUGGGAGCGUUUUCAACUGAGUUGACAAUUUAUUUCUUAGUAUACUUGAUUUCACAAGGGAUGAUAGAUAAAAAUAUGACCUCUUAUCAAGUAUUUACAAAGUUUUUGUUUUUCAUUCAUACUAUUGAUUUAACACAAAAGGCUAUUAGUAUUUGUGAAGAAAUCUCUGAAGAAGAUUUAUGCACAUAUAAAAGUUAUUUCGAUAUUGUCCUUAUGGAUAAAACUGGACACUAUAAUACAGCAGCUUUUCUUAAUAUUAAUGCUUAUUUAAAGAUGAAACAUGAGUGCAAGUUGGCAUUGGAUAUUUUAGAUCAAUGGAAUAUUCAUUCCUUUUCUGAGUUGUUCUUAACAAAUAUCACUUUAUAUUUGCAAUAUGAUGCCAUUUUGGAUGUGAAAAAUGAUAACAAUUAUGAAUUUUUGUUGAACACUUUAGACCCAAAAGAAAAAGCAAAAUAUAUUGGCAAUCACACAGGGCUUAUUAUCAAAAUUUUGCUAGACUAUUUAAAUAAAGGAUUCCAUAAAAGAGUACACAAUAUUGUGCCUAUAGUACCUGGUACUGUAGAAUGGAAUUAUGGAAUACGUUACAGAAUGACAAAUCGUAGAUUACUAUUUGGCAUUCAAUUGGAUCCAGAUUUUGCAUUCGAUAAUUUUGAGUGUGGGAUAUUUUCAAACAACCUCGAAGAAAGAAAUUUCAAGAAGUUUCAGUAUAAUUUUAUUUCUGAGAGACAGUCCCAUAAUAUCUUGAGUAGAGUAGAAGUCAAUUUGGAAAAUAAUACUAUAAAAGGUAAAAGAGAUAUCAUAAAAAUGAUUUCCAAUUAUGUGAUGUCUGAAACGCUUCAUUUGAAUCAUAAAUUAUAUUACAAUGAAUUGGAAGAUUUUUUGGUGAAUGGAAAAGUGAAAACCUGGUAUCCUUCUGGUACAAAUGAAGAAACGGUUCAAAAAAUCAUCAAUUACUCUGAUGAUCUAGAACAAAAAAUUAAAUCUUUAACUAUCAAACCACAAAUUACUGGCAUUGAAGUAGUAUCAGAUGUUUUUUGCUAUACGAAUGUAUUCCCACCAAUUCCUACAGCAUACAUAAGUGAAAAAGAGCUAACCUAUAUAAAAGAUGAAUUAGUUCAUGUUGCUCCAAAAUAUGUUGAGUCAAUAGAAAGUCUAAUCAAAUUAGCUUAUAGUCCAAAAAAUAUGGAUAAAUCUAGCAUUUUGCAACAGAUGAAAAACGUGUUCGUACAAAUUUCAGAACUCUUGAAGAAGCAAUACCACAUCGUUUCGUCCUUAAACUCUUCAUAUUUGGAUGUUCUCCAUAAAGGCAUUGUAUUCAGAUAUUAUUUGUAUUUACCCAAAGAAUUGUCUUCACUAAAAGGAACUAAUUUUCUACAAAUGCAAGAGAAGCUGCAUGUAGUACCAAAAGUGGUUGAAGCUUUGAAAAGUAUCAACACACAAUAUCCAAGUUAUGGGGUUAGUACAUGUUUAGCAAAAAGAUGGAUAAGAGCACAAUUAAUAGAUGACUUUCUUCUACCUGAUAUGGUGAUAAAUUUAUUGAAUGCUUAUCAGUACCUUCAUCAAUCUUUAUAUCAUGCUGCAGUAGGAUCUCAAGAAGCAUUUUUUCGGUUUUUGAAAUUUUUGAUAGAAAUGCAGUGGGAUCAGCAACCAGUUGUUAUAAAUUUCAAUAAUGAACUGUCAGAUGAAGAUAUAAUGAAGGUGGAAAUUAAACUGCAAGUAGAUAGGAAGAAAUUUUCAGCCUUGUUCAUUUUGACUCCAUAUGAUGAUGGUAAUUCUGUAUUUACAAAGACAGCUCCAUGUAAAGAGGUACUGAUUAGAUUGAAAGUACUUGCUACUGAAUUUCUAAAUUUAGUUGAAAAUAUUAUUUUGGAAGAAUCUCUCUAUAGUUGGAAGGAACUAUUCAUACCUAACAGAAGAGGUUUUGACUGUAUCUUGAACUUGCAACCUCUUUUAAAUCCAAGAAGACAUGAACAAAUAACUAGGUUUGAAAUUGAUUCCAUAUUGAGUUUUGUUGAACCUAAAGAAGAAAAUCAACAUAUGCCUGUAAUAAAUUUCAACCCUGUGCAAUUGUAUCUGAAGGAACUGAGGGCUGUUUAUGGGGACUUAUGCGUUUUUUUCCAUGAUACUUACGGAGGAAAUUAUAUAGGGGUUUUAUGGAAGCCAGGUACAGUGGAAAUAGAAGACAUCAAAAAAGGAUUCGAAAUUUUAGGGAAGAAUAUAUUAAAAUCAAUAAUUAUGAAGAGUUAAAUGGACCAAUUGAAUCAUUUAAAUCAAUUAAUGAAAGAUUGGUUCGUAUUUGUUACUUUGAAAAAUGUACAUAAUUCUCAAUAGUAAUUCAAUUUUUUUAUAAAUUUGAUAUUGUGAAACAAUUGUAUCAUCGAAUUUUAUUUGUUGUACGAUUAAGUAAUGAAUUCCACUAAUUAAAGGAAACGAUAAUGAAAAUAAUGGCAUCAUUUGUAAUUUUUGUGUGUUGAAAAAUUCAGGAUAUCAAGUCUUGGAUAACUAAAUAAUAAAAUAAAAAUUG